AUGAUGCAAGAAAUCGGUGAAGAAUUUGAUCCACAAGAACCUUAUACUCGCCGUCUAAGCAGUAUCCUUGACGAAUAUCCUGAAGGUUCUCAAAUUCUUCGUGAAAUUCUUCAAAAUUCUGAUGAUGCGAAGAGCACCGAACAAAUCUUCAUGUUGGAUCAUAAUACUUAUCCCUCGAAUCAUUUAAUCGAUCCUAUUUUGAGUAAUUAUAAAAAGUUCGAUUUGAAACUUGAUAGGUUUCAAGGUCCUGCCUUAUUAUCGAAGAAUAAUUCCAUGUUUGAUGAAAGGGAUUUGCGAUCCUUGAAAAAAUUGGCCAAUAGCGAAAAACGUGAUCAAUUUAAUAAAAUUGGAGUGAUGGGUAUCGGUUUUAAUUCGAUUUAUCAUAUUACCGAUUCCCCUUCUUUUAUUACUGGUGAUAAACUCGUCAUUCUUGAUCCACAUAGAUGGUAUUUUAAUGGUGGUAUCCAAUUCAACUUUGUCCAAAAGAAUUUAGCCGAAAAAUUUCCUGAUUCUUUUGCUCCUUUUAGAAUUCCUCCUUUUAGUAUCCCAUGUGAUGAACCAUUUAAAGGAACUUUAUUUCGUUAUCCUCUCCGUAAUGAUACGAUUUCUGACAUUUCCAAAAAAACUUUUAAACCUAAAGACAUCUUGGAAAUCUUUCGUAAAUUUUAUGAAAAUGAAAGCAUUAAUUGCUUGCUAUUUUUAAAAUAUGUUGAACGGAUUUCUUUUUACGAAUUGAAGGAAGGUGCCACAGAACCUGAAUUAUUAUAUUCUAUUCAGUUGGAAAAUGCGAACUCAGUGCGAGAACAACGUCGUUUAUUAGCAGAAAACAUCGUUCCGAUGAUGGAUUUAUUAAAAUCGAAGAAUCUAGGUUGCAAUAGUCAAUUAGAAUCUUCUUAUAUUGCAUCAUUCUGUCGUCAGAAAGGGAGUUUUAAGGAGGAUACGGUCUCUUGGAUAAUUUUGAAUUAUCUUAAUGACUUGCAAGAAACCGAGGAAUACUUUCAAAAGAAUUUUGGAAAGAAUAUCAGGAACCACAAGUUUAUUCCAAACGUUGGAUUGGCCGUUCCAUUAAAUGAUUUAAAUAUUCUAGGAAGACUAUUUUGCUUUUUACCAUUUCCCAUACAUAUGCCCUUUCCUGUUUCGGUACAUGGAUAUUUCGCGGUUAGUACUAAUCGACGUUCUUUAUGGUCUUCUCAAGAUGAUGAUGAAUUGGCGGUUGAUGCAUUAGCACAUUUAAUGAUUUCAUGGAAUCAAUAUUUAUUUGAAAAUGUUUUACCUAAAGCUUGGGUAAGGUUACUUUGUGAACUUCCACAUAAGGUUCCUAAUAUUCGAUCGGAUGAUGUAUAUCAAUUCUGGCCAAUAAUUAAAAAAGGUGCAUCAAGUAGCGUAAUCACUUUUUGCCAGAAAUUAUUACAAAAUGUUAUAAAAGUACUUGGUGUGAAGGAUCGUGUAUUUAAAGGACCGUCAUUAUCAAAUACCAUCGGAAAAGUACCCGAGAAUUUAAAAAAUUCAUAUGAUGCAUCCUCAUUUAAAGAAUCCGGAUUUCAUUGGUUAUCACUUUCUAUUGGUUAUUUGAAAGAUAACUUACAUUUAGAAGAUAUGUCAAAUUUACUUAAAAUCUUUGGAGAUGUUGGUUUUCCGAUAAUAUCGGUUCUAAACGAAAUCAUUGAUGCAUUAAACAAUUCCAUACAUAAAGACUUUCUUAAAGUUUUGUCUCCUGCCAUUGGUCGUAUUUAUUUAAAGCACAAUCGUGAUACAUGGCAAGAUCAACUGUCAAAAGAAGAAGCCAUAGCAUUAUUUAAGAAUAAUCACGGGUUGCGUAAUCGUUUGCGUGAACUUUCUAUAGAUGGGUGGAAUCUAAACAUUAAAAUCUUGGAUGCAUAUGCCAUUGCCGAUAUGAUUAGAUUUACACUUGAUCCAGUAAAUCCAUUCCUUGAGGAGAUGCAAAUAUCAAAUCAUAGU